UCGGAGGUGGACGCGGCCCAUCAUCUCUAUCCCACCCAGUCCAAGCAAUCUGCCGUAGCGCCGCCCGAUGUUGACGGGGCCGACGCGGCGACGCCGGUGUACGCCGCGGAUGAGCACCACUGGAGAGGGGAGGAGGAGACGGUAGGAGAGGCGGACAGGCGGUCCUGCACGGUCUCCUGCGGUUCCUCCGGCGGCGGUGUCGCGCUACGAGGUUCGCCGCGAGCACAGCGCCACCAGCCGGCAGCCGGCUGCUCCUUCUCACUCCGUGCGUGCGGCUCUGCGCCAGUACCUGAGCGCCGGCAGAGCGGCAGGAAGCAACCCACGGCCAGUUUAACCGAGUCACUUCGAAAGCGAUUGAAACAACAUUGUGCAAUGCUGUAAUUUUCCAUCGAUAACUUCAAAUCUUUUAUACAUCUGUACUAUAAACCGAACCUGUUCACGGAUGUGGACUCAUGGGAGUUUUUCUUGAUCUGCCACUGUUGUCAUGCCCAAUCAUCUCUUCUGCCGGUUCAAAAAUCGUGCUGUUCUACCAGCAUUGGCGGUAAUUCGUCUAGUUGUGGCAAAUUUUGGCACAUCCUCAGCAGUUGAGAGGUCGAGAAAACAAAGGUGUGCCAACAUCCACAAUGCAUUGAGCGUUUUGGACCUAGUACCAACCAAGCACCAUUGUGGUGAAGAGGAAGUUCCAUCCCAUCACCGCCUUAUCAAUGACUGUAUGUAUGACAUCCUGGGAGUUCAGUCAAAGCGGAAUGUUCUGCAUAAGAGAAAAUAUGACUUUUUUAACUCAAGCUCAAAUCAACGACGGCCUAAAGGUGGUAAUGUUGUCUCAAGUAAUAUCUCAGUUUACCCUCACAAGACUAGAUUCCCAAAGGAGGACAUGCUUAUGCAGGUAGUGGAACUGCAUAGGAGUGGGAGCAUCGGUUCAGAUGCAUCUAUUUUGGCACCUGCGCUGAGUUCUUGUGCUGACAGGAAAACCCUUACUGGAGGUGCACAGCUUCAGGCUUUACUAGUGAAAGUGGGAUAUGACUCCUCUAUCCUUGUUGGCAGCUCAUUGAUCAGCUUUUAUUCAAGAUGUGGCCAGUUGGGAAAUGCUCAUAUGGUUUUCCUGGGCAUGGCGGCAAAAAACACAGUGUCAUGGACAGCACUUAUUUCUGGUUAUGCCCAGGAUAAUCAGGUGGAGCCAUGUCUCCAUUUUUUUGCACUGAUGAGGCAGUCUGUGUGCAAGCCAAAUGACAUCACAUUUGCAACUAUAUUCAGUGUGUGCACUAACCAUGCAUUUCUUGCCCUUGGUAAAAGCGUUCAAGGCCUACAACUGAAAAUGGGUUUCGAUUCCUAUGUGCAUGUGUCCAAUGCAUUGGUAUCAAUGUAUGCAAAGUGUGGGAGUAUUGGUGAAGCACGAGCCAUAUUUGAGAGCAUCGCCUGCAAAGACCUCAUCUCAUGGAACUCCAUGAUCUUUGGAUAUUCACAGCAUGGCCUUGCUGAACAUUGCCUUGAUUUGCUGAAAGAAAUGCAAGGGCACAUAAUGCCGGAUGCAAUAUCCUUCCUAGGCGUGCUUUCGUCAUGCCGGCAUGCAUGCCUUGUAGCAGAAGGCCGACGCUGCUUCAUGGAAAUGAUUGAGCAUGGAAUAAAACCAGAGCUAGAUCAUUACUCAUGUAUGAUUGAUCUCCUUGGUCGUGCAGGACUGCUUGAUGAAGCGUGGGAUCUUAUCCAGACGAUGUCCAUGCCCCCAAAUGGUGUCGUAUGGGGCUCCCUGCUAGCUUCCUGUAGAGUGCACGGAAGUGUUUCAAUUGGCAUACAGGCUGCAGAGCACCGUCUUAAGCUUUUACCAGGUUGCGCGGCAGCUCAUGUGCAGCUAGCGAAUUUGUAUGCAAGCUUUGGCUGCUGGAGUGAUGUGGCAAGAGUGAGGAAGACAAUGAAAGAAAGAGGGCUGAAAACAAACAUUGGGUGCAGUUGGAUAGAAGUUGGCAACAAAGUUUACACUUUCACAGCAGAAAACAGAUCAAAGAGCCAAGUAAAUUAUGUUCUGGCCAUUCUUGAUUGCUUGCGGUCACAUAUGGAUUAUAAGUGUGAUAUAUUGAUUGAUGGUCUGGAUUGGGACUGAGCAUAUCAAGUCAAGUUAGGACACUCUAUAAACUUAAAAGAUCACGGCUUGCCUUGUUCAACUAGGCACUUUAUAGGAAAUGACAAGGUCACUCGCACCUCAAAUAUCUUGUAAAAGAUCACUCGAUGUAACAUGCAAGUAUAACACCUGUGUGUAAGCAUUUUGUAAGAAUGUGAUUUGCUCAGUUUACUUUCUGUUGAAUGGUCAAUGAUACCCAUAUUCAUUUUAUACUAAUAUAUUUUGACAACCGAAA